GUACAAGAUACCGUAGAGUGGCAACUAGGUUUCAAUCCACCGUGAGACUCGAUAGAAAAGUAACUGAAAUUGACGUUGUGGAUCAAAGCGACUCCUAUGGUAGAUACUUCGUGAUGCUUAAGACCCCAGCCUGCCCCUCUGCUAUAAAAUCCGAGAGACAAAAGAACAACAGGUGUGACAAAGUUAGGAACCCAAACUUGCUUGGUUGGACCAAUGAAAUUGAUAUAAAUCUUUUUUUCCUCAUGACAAAUUCUUUCUCUUGCCUUUACAGGGAAAAGGUUUAGCUGUGCGCAAACCUCCC